GGGUUUUACCACAGUAGUUCGCAGAAGCAAAAACAUUGAGAAAGCCGGAAAAGUGGAAUAUAAUUAUUGAAAGAAAAGAAUAUAAAAGUGAUUUCUAGGCUAAAAAAAAGGAAAUUAGACGAUUAUGAGCGAGGAUUUGGUAUAUACAUUGGAACGACGAUUUCGACAAGAACAAUCCUCUUUUCUAGACCCAUUAGAACUUUGCAAAGUUGAAAAGAAUCUCGAUUAUGCCAGGAAAAAACUGUGGGAAGAAGGCAAAUGCCAAUUGGAAAAAGUUGGAGAACCAGAUGGAUUAUCGAGUCGAAUCAUGAACCUGCAAGGACGUAUCAACGAUUUGAGAGUGGCACUUGAAGCUAAGAUAGAGCAUGAAGAAAAGAAAAUCAAGAUGGAACAAGAAAAGGAAGCUGCAUCGACGUUGGAGGAAAUUCGUAAAAGGGAAACCCACGAACGACAACAAGAGCAGCAUUUACAAUAUGGAAACUCGCAGCUGUUGGACCAUCAACGGUCCGUCCAAACAGAGAUUUCCGAGUCCUUACUUCAUAUGGCAUCCGUUUUAAAAGAAAAUGCAAUCUCUUUUACAAAUGCUUUGGUAAAUGAUAAUCAAGUCGUAGAACGGGCAGGAUCACUGCUAGACAAAAAUGCAAAAAGUCUUGACAGUACUCAUCAAAAUGUUCAACACUUCACAAAAUCUAAGAAGCUCUCUUUCUGGUUACAAAUAGGAAUGGUUCUCGCCGUGAUCGUUUCGUUCCUAGUUAUGAUGUUUAUCUUACAGUUCACGAAAAACCAAAAUUAAUGGAAAUUUACAUUUACUAACAACGGACCCGUAUUUAUUAAUUCUCUACUUGUGAAAAGAAAUAAAAUUGAC